GCAGCCAGCAUCCUGUCGGAGCUUUGCCACUGCCCGCAGGACAAGGCCUGGCCCAAAGGAGCAGGAGCAUGAGUGUGAGCAUGGAGGGCCAGAGGCUGUCUUCUUAUGGGAGGCGAUUUGGCUCCCAAGCCACCAUCCACCAGUCCCUGAGGUACUCUCCUGGCCGCAGGCUCCUGUCCUCCAGCCCUACUUCCCGGGUCUCCGUGACCAAAAUGAAGACCUCCAGCCUGAGCUUCCGCACCAGCCCCCGCUUCAGCCAAGAUAAGGUGGACUUUUCCCUGGCUGACGCCCUCAACGCUGAGUUCAAGGAGACGCGCACCAAUGAGAAGGUGGAGAUGAUGGAGCUGAACGACCGCUUUGCCAGCUACAUUGAGAAGGUCCGUUUCCUAGAGCAGCAGAACAAGGUCCUGGUGGCAGAACUCAACCAGAUCAGAGACAAGGAGCCCACCAAGCUGGCCGACAUCUACCAGGAGGAGCUACGGGAGCUGCGGCGGCAGGUGGACCAGCUGUCUAACUCCAAGGCCAGGCUGGAGAUCGAGAGGGACAACCUGCUGGAGGACGUCAGCAUACUCCGGCAAAAGUUGCAGGAUGAGAUUAAUCUGCGGCUGGAAGCUGAAAACAAUUUGUCUUCCUACAGACAGGAUGUUGAUGAUGCUGCAUUAGCUCGCUUGGACCUGGAGCGGAAAGUUGAGUCCCUGCAGGAGGAGAUUAACUUCCUGAGGAAAGUCCAUGAUGAGGAGCUGCGAGAGCUCCAUGAGCAGCUGGCCCAGCACCAGGUGCACAUUGAGAUGGACAUGACAAAGCCGGACCUGACUGCUGCACUGCGGGAGAUUCGCAUUCAGUACGAGUCCAUGGCCACCAACAACAUGCACGAGACAGAGGAGUGGUACAAGUCCAAGUUUGCAGACCUGACGGAUGCUGCUGCUCGCAACAUCGAAGCACUGCGCCUGGCCAAGCAAGAAGCAAACGAGUACCGGCGCCAGCUCCAGGCCCUCACCUGCGACCUGGAGUCCCUGAGGGGGUCGAAUGAAUCCCUGGAGAGGCAGCUGCGGGAGAUGGAGGACCGCUAUGCCAUUGAGACAGCCAGUUACCAGGACACAGUCAUUCGGCUGGAGGAAGACAUCCGGAGCCUCAAGGAGGAGAUGGCCCGGCACCUCCAGGAGUACCAGGACCUGCUCAAUGUCAAGCUGGCCUUGGACAUUGAGAUUGCCACCUACCGCAGGCUCCUGGAGGGAGAGGAGAGCAGGAUCACAAUCCCCGUGCAGACUUUCUCCAACUUGCAGAUCCGAGAGACUAGCCUGGAUACCAAGUCCAUGUCUGAGGCUCAACUGAAGAGGAACAUCAUGGUCAAAACCGUAGAGACCAGAGAUGGAGAGGUGAUCAAGGAGUCCACCCAGGAGCACAAGGAGUGAGGCAGGCGGUGCUGGAGGGUGACACUAACAAAAGAAGCUUGUAGCUGUAGAUCCUAGCAGCAGUAGACCCUAGCUGGCACUCCAUCCCUCCAGUGUGGCAAUGUGAGGGCAUGGCUGCUCCAGUCACCCCUGAAGCCCACAGCUGGCUCGGCCACCACAUGGAGGAGCAGGUGUCACCAACUGGAAGAGCUACAGCAACCAAUUCCCACCACCCCCCCCUUUAGAUCUGCUGCUGACGGUCACUGUGCAGGCAGGCUAGUGCUUCGGCCUGUGUGGGAACAAGUGAUGUCCAUCAUCACCUUCUCUCCCAGUUCUCACCCUCAGCUUCAUUCUAUUAUCCUGCCCCAUCGGAGUUAGCUGCCCACAAGAUGCUGUGUCCCCACCAGGUAGGGUAGGUCUAGCUGGCAGUCCCCUAGCCAUAGGGCUGCACUAUGUUCCCUUGCCCUAAAUCCACUAAUACGAUAGUUCUCUUAUUGCAGUAGCUUUGCAGGAGGCUGCUGGGGAGGGGAGAGGAAGGGAGAACAGGGGGAGGCAGAGCAACCAAACACCCCAGUCCUGCCCAGAGGGAAAGGCCAAAAUCUGUGGCCUGGUGACUGCAGAAUCCGCCCCUGGAGUUGAAAGGGGUUUGGCUAUAUGCUCUGUGCAGGAGAGGAUAACCCAGUAUUUGGCCCUCCUGAUUGCCUGGGACACUACCACAGGUCUAGAAGCGGGGUGGUGCUGGAGAGAGCAGCUGUCUUGUAGCUCAACCUGCAACCCUUGCACACACCCCCAGCCAUCCCUACUCCACUGCUAUCUGGCCUUCUGCAGGUCAGACAGAAAGGCUUCACUGCAGGGGGAUGCUGCUGCCCCUCCUGCAGUGCCCCAUGGCCCAAAGGCAUAGGGCUUCUGUUCCUGGCACCUUGGAGUAGGGUCAGUAUAGCUCUGUGAAGCAGGCUCUGUCCCCUCCUUUCCCCUCCAGUGCACAAGAGGCAGGAUAGGAAUAGCCCACUGAGUUACACCCCCGCCUUUGCAAAGGCAGCAGUACUGUACUCAGUGCCCUGGUCCACCUAGGAGCCUGGGCUAUGCUCUUGUCCAGUAGAAUGGAACUGGUGAGUCUGGAAACAGGAGAGCAGGGGCCCUGGAGCCCUAGUGAGGUUUGUCUGCAUGCCCAUGUCCAUCUUGUUGGUCUGCCAGACAUAUGUGCCUUGGAGAUCCAAUUUACCCUUGGGGAGAGGGGAGGACAGAGCCUCACAGGCACCUUUCUGCUGCUGUCAGGAUAUCAUGAGGCCCCAGCAAGGACAUCAGGGUAAUGAUCACAGAGGGAGGGCACGCAGCUGCUUUCCUGUACUGGGGGUUUGCCAGAGGAGGAUGCGAGCACGAGUGUGAGCAGCAGGGCCCCAAGGAGAGGGGUUGUGCAUAGUAUCUCCUCUGUCUCGUGGUCAGGGUUCCCAGUACCCCACACUGACGUAGCACUGAGUAGUGCCUGCUGUCAGGGCCCUUAGAGUAGCACAGCUCAGUGCCCAGGCUGCAAGUUGGGUGAUCUGUAUUCUGCCCCCUGCUGUGCUGCAAGCCAUGGGCCACAUCUGGGUCCUGGCUCUUGCUGGAGUUGGUGGGAGUCUCCCUAUGAGAGCAGGUCCUUAAUUCUCUGUGCCUCAGUUUCUCCCUUGCAUUGGAGUGACAUUUACCUCCUGUGCAAGUGGCUGAGCUCAUUCAUAUUGAGGGUGGGGUGGGGAGCCUCUGGGCACCUUGGAGGGACAGCUUUAGCUGAUUCUCUCUGGGAGGGAAAACUCAGGGUUCUGCACUGAACCCGACUGCAGAUCUGAGGAGCACCUGAGAUCCUGGAACCCAGAGGGUCCCAUUGCCAUCAAAGGUGCUGCGAAAUAGGCCUAUCCUAAAGGAGUACAGGCAGCAGAAUCCGGUCUUGCACCAAGCAGCCCUCUCUGGGGUUUGCACUGGAGCAAAGCUGCUUGUCUCUGCUUGCCCUGAAGUUCAGGGCAGUAGUGUGUGCUGCUACACAGGCUGCUGCAUUCUGCCCAGGAGAUGGCUGGAUGGCAGCACUGGGUGGACAGAGUGUAGUAAUGCUAGGCAUGUGCUGUGGUUCUUAGGGUUGUAGAGUCAAGUAGUCAGCUGAUCAGGAACCAGUGCUUUUUCCCUCAGCUGGAUGGUGUCUAACGCAAGUGAAAAUGAAGAAGGUGGAGAGAAAGGGAAUGAAGGGCCAAGAGUGGAGGAGGAUGGGGCUGGCCCCAUCUGGGAGCCUGAUCAUGUAGUCAGGUGCACAAGAGGCCUCCUUGAGACCAAGCUAUGCUUGGGAAGAAAGAGACCUCCAUUAUUAAAACAGGAGCCAUGAGGAUGGUUCCCUGGCUUGGUGUCCUGGCACACAGGUGUUACCAUCCCAGCUGGGGAGCCAUGUCCCUUGGAACCUACCCUAGGCCCGUCAUCUAGGUGCAGAUAUUGUGCCCAUCUCCAUGCUGUCCCAGUCUCAGGUAGGGAUGAGCGGGGGGAGAGGGCAACCUGAUCCUGGGCAGUAUGGAGCUGCCUGUGUUCCCAGUGACUUCGGUGCACUUGGCACCUUGGCAGGAGCAAGCUCAGAGCAAGCUCAUGGUCUAUGUAUGUUAAAUUAUGAAGGGGAGAUUUGGCCUGAGCCCGUUGCUACUGGGCCUCUGCAGCACAUGCUAGAGCAUGCAGGCUCAGACCAGAGCCUUGGCUAGGGUGGCCAGCCUUGCUCCACAAGUGUGCUUGGUACUUUGGAGUCAGACUUGGCUGUAACUUAUCAAAUCGGCAUGGGACGCUCUCUUUGCUCCAUCUCUUGGAGUGUGUCUGCCCUCUCAUGGCCCUGGGUUUUUCUGUCUGCCAAGCUGCUGGGGAUCCCACCCUUGCCCCUGCCCCUGCCCUGAGCACUGUUUUCUUUAGGAGCCAGAAGGCAGUGACUGCUUGUUUCAAGGUUUUCUUUGAGCAGUCAGUGACAAGGUAGCGUGAUGCCCAUGCACACUGCACCUGUAGCUCACUCAUCCUGGGGCCUGCAUGUGUUUUAUGGUCUUGCAGCCUCCUUGGCAGGCAGGUGGGUGUUUUUAUCCCCACCUUAUCAUGGGGGAAACUGAGGCACAGAAUUGCCCAACAGCACGCAGCAAGAUGUCAGCAGGUGGUAACAGAAUCUAGCUCUCCUGGUUCCCAGGCCCAUGCUUUGAAUCCCAAGCAAUUUGUCCCUUUGGAGUUCACCAAAAGGGAACUCCAAGGGGUGUUCUUUGUGUGCCUAGAUGGGACAUCCUGGUCUGGAGCCCUUGCCUUCAGGAUGGUACAUUUAAAUCAUGACUCUCAUCCUAUUGGAAGGAGAGGGAGAGACCAGAAGCAAUGAGCUGCAGAGCUUGGCAGCCCUGGCUGUUUCCCUGAUGCCUGAGGUCUGCUUAGGGCCCGGGUUAAGGGACAGCAUUGGUAGGAGAGGGCUUGCUGGUGGCCAUCUGUGGUGCACCUUGUUUGCACAAAGCUCUCCCUAGUCUCUGGGAAGAUGCAGAUUUGCUACUGAGCAGUCUCCUGCUGGAGUGUUUGCAGCACAUGUCACUCCUGAAUUAAUACAUUAAUGUCAGCAGCCAAAGCAUGAGAAAAGAAAUAAAGCUAAAGCAA